AGUUACAGCACAUCAAAACACUAGACAACGUGGCCACUCUGCUAAAACCCAAAAACCCCAUAGCAGGCAGCAGCUUUGCGGAGAUGGCAAUGGCAUGGAGGCAAAUAUUCACAAACACUAAAAGGGCUUUUUCAAUCCCACCAGAACGAGCGGUUUCUACACCUGGGCUCUCUAGAUUCUUCUCCAAAUCCUCCUCUCCUUACCUCGUGAAAGUUGGAAUUCCAGAGUUUCUAAAUGGAAUAGGGAAAGGAGUUGAAGCCCAUGUAACCAAGCUUGAAUCUGAAAUUGGUGACUUUCACAAACUUCUUGUUACUCGGACUUUGAAGCUCAAAAAACUAGGCAUCCCUUGUCAACAAAGGAAGCUGAUAUUGAAAUAUGCUCACAAGUAUAGGGUGGGACUGUGGAGGCCUAGAGCUCAACCUGUGAAAGCCAGUUAGAUUUUGGAGUCAUUGGAGGAUUACAAGGUGUAUCUACACCAAAGCAGGGCUGAUGAACAUUCUUGCAUGCAAUUAUGGUUUGGAAGAGUUUCAGGCUGCAUGAUAUGUUAAAUCUUUUUUUGUGGUUUGGUAUAAAGUUUAUGCUAGCCCAGAAUGUGUUGAAUUGGUUUGAAGCAAAACAGCUUGUUAGAUAUUAUGUAGCAUCGAGGGUGUCACUCUAUAGAUACUUGGCAAUUUAAGAAUCAAAUUUCCAUUACAA